AUUUUUUACUAACAAAAAAAAAAGAGCUCGACUCGAUCACAAAAGCAGCCCCUAAGGAAGAAAGUCAUUAGUUUAGUACUGAAACACUGAAGGUCUGAAACAGCAUACACCGCAAAAUUUCAGAUUUGUUGAGAUUCAUCCACUCUCCAAAAUGAUCUCCCAAUUUUUCGUUCUGUCUCAGCGAGGCGACAACAUCGUCUUUCGAGAUUAUCGCGGGGAUGUGCCAAAGGGAACUACCGAGAUAUUUUUCCGUAAGGUUAAAUUUUGGAAGGAAGACGGAGAAGAAGAGGCACCACCUGUCUUUAAUGUAGAUGGAGUGAACUACUUUCAUGUGAAGAUUGUUGGAUUACUAUUUGUGGCUACCACAAGAGCUAAUGUGUCACCUUCACUUAUUAUGGAACUCCUUCAACGUAUUGCCCGUGUUACUAAGGAUUACCUUGGGAUUCUAAGUGAAGAAUCUCUGAGAAGAAAUUUCGUACUUGUCUAUGAGUUGCUUGAUGAAGUCAUAGAUUUUGGUUAUGUGCAAACAACAUCCACAGAAGUAUUGAAGUCCUAUAUAUUUAAUGAACCUAUUGUGGUGGAUGCUGCACGCUUGCCUGCACUUGGUCCUGCUUCUAUUUUCAUGCAAGGGUCCAAAAGAAUGCCUGGCACUGCUGUGACAAAGUCUGUGGUUGCAAAUGAGCCUGGAGGUAGGAAGAGAGAGGAAAUUUUUGUUGAUAUCAUUGAGAAGAUAAGUGUUACCUUCAGUUCCAGUGUAAGCACAGAACCUUGUUUGAAUGGAUACAUUCUAACUUCAGAAAUUGAUGGGACAAUUCAGAUGAAAAGUUACCUUACCGGUAAUCCUGAAAUUAAACUAGCUUUAAAUGAGGAUGUAACGAUUGGAAGAGGUGGAAGCUCAGCAUAUGGUUAUAAUUCUGCUGGUUCUGGUACGGUGAUACUUGAUGACUGCAACUUCCAUGAAUCUGUGCACCUUGAUAACUUUGAUCUGGACAGAACUCUAAGCCUGGUACCUUCAGAUGGUGAAUUCUCAGUAAUGAAUUAUCGCAUGACACAGGAGUUCAAACCUCCUUUUCGUAUUAACGCUCUGAUUGAAGAAGCUGGAUCCCUUAAGGCUGAAGUAAUCAUCAAAUUACGUGCUGAGUUUCCAUCUAGUGCCACUGCAAACACUAUUCUAGUUCAAAUGCCUCUGCCAAGUUAUACUUCAAGAGUUAGCUUUGAGUUGGAACAUGGUGCUGUUGGACAGAUGGCUGAUUUUAAGGAAGCUAACAAGAGACUGGAAUGGAGUCUAAAGAAGAUUGUCGGUGGAGCUGAACAUACAUUACGUGCAAAACUUACAUUUUUGCAGGAAACACACGGGAAUUUAACGAAGGAAGCUGGACCUGUUAGCAUGAACUUCACAAUUCCUAUGUACAAUGCUUCGAGGCUUCAGGUGAAAUACCUGCAGAUUGCAAAGAAAUCGAAAACCUACAAUCCAUAUCGGUGGGUGAGAUAUGUUACCCAGGCCAAUUCUUAUGUUGCUCGUAUGUGAUCAACAGGCGCUACAUUGAUAGUCAGCUAUGCGGAAUCUUCCUGUCUGAAGGUUCAUCCACAUGCAUGUGCAUGUAAUGCCUUGACUUAGACUAUAGAACUUGCAGCGAAUCCCUUGCCUUGGGCAAAUUUGUUUCUUUGUAAGACAUUGUACAUGUUUUCUGUGCAUAGCGUAAAGGACUCAGAGUAAUUGUGGCCCUUGUGGGUUGGAAGCCCAUGUUUUCAGAUUCUCUUUUUUGAACUUAAAAUGUAUGCAACUUCUUGGGAUA